GGCCGUGGGGGCACAAGGCGUUCCUGCCGCUGGCCUAGUCGCUAUGUAGCUGAGGGGCAGGCGCCCUCCUGCAUGUUCUGGAAGGUUCUUGGAUUCGACUAGGGCGGUAACCCUAGGACAUCUAGUCGCCACUUUCGGGUCCCUGUCGGCCGAGCGGAGCCGCUGCCGCCAUGUUUGGCUGCUUGGUGGCGGGGAGGCUGGUGCAAACAGCUGCACAGCAAGUGGCAGAGGAUAAAUUUGUUUUUGACUUGCCUGAUUAUGAAAAUAUCAACCAUGUUGUGGUUUUUAUGCUGGGAACAAUCCCAUUUCCAGAGGGAAUGGGAGGAUCUGUCUACUUUUCCUAUCCUGAUUCAAAUGGAAUGCCAGUAUGGCAACUCCUAGGAUUUGUCACGAAUGGGAAACCAAGUGCCAUCUUCAAAAUUUCAGGUCUUAAAUCUGAAAAUUCAAGCAUAUACAAAAGCAGACCAAAUGGAAUAUUGAAUCCCUCUCUACUCAUCACCCAGCUUCAAGAAAGACCACCUCAUGGAUACUAUUAUUUCAUAUGUAUUCCCGCUCACUUCUCCCUUCUCAUAUUAUUUGGAAGCAGAUUCCAGAAUCACAACAUGCAAUCUAUAAAUAUAUUAGUAUGUUUCUCUGAAAGACAAGGUCUUUUUUAAAAAGAUGACUAUACUACUGUGCUGUUAUUACACCUAAAAACAAACAAUAAUUCCUUAAUAUCGAAUUGAAUAUCUAAUCAGCAUUCAGAUUUCUGAUGGUCUCAGAAGUUUCAUGUCUUUAUAUUUUAAAGUUUUUCAAUACUUUCAACCAGCAUCUGUGUAAGAUUCUUCUAUUGCAGUUGGUUGAUCUCUCAAGUAUCUUUUAUAAAAACCAAAGAGUUAAUGUAUUCUCUGUCCUCUAUU